GCUUCAACCAACCCUCCACAGCACUCACAUAACACUCAGAACUCAUCUUAACAUGCGCACCACCAUGACUUUCACUGUUGCCCUUCUCGCAGCUGUCUUCCAACCAGUCGCUGGGAAUAUCGCAGCUUCUGCCUGGAGCGGUUCAGCAUGCAGUGGUAUCGAGGUUGGAUCUGUCGAGGUCGCCGACGGCUUCACCGGUCUCAGCAAUGCAGACGCGACACCCAACGCUGCAUGCGUUCACUUUGACACUCGCAUCCCCGCCAACUGUGAUGUCUAUCUUUGUGAAGAUGCCGCAUGCAAUGACCAGGGAAGGGCGGUCGAAGGCCCUCAGGCUGCCAAUACCAGGUUGACACAUAACUUUGCGGGUAUCCAGAUUGGGUGCCAGUAAACGUGAAGUCAGUGUUCCCAACAGGUGAAAUGACCACGGAACUUGGAAGCGAGAGAAAGAUAUAUGACAAACGUGAUGGUUCUCGUCAAAGAGUCUUAUUUCGGAUUGACUAUGAUACAUGGUCAAUGUGCGCAUUAUCGAGUACUAGUUAAAAAGUAACAUUGACACUCCUGAGUUGAUAUUGAGUUUACCUAGAGUGAGCAUCUGCCCCGCCUUGUGAAGUUCGAAGACUAUAUAAAUCAUUGCCGAGACCGAAUAACCACAUCUAACGGAUCACUCAAAC